AUAUCGAUAGACCGCGCGCUCCACGUGUUUUCUCUUCCAUUUUUCCCCAGCAAGCAACACGUGCGCAGGCUUGCUCCGUCUAUCAGCAGAUUUCCCAGACAAACGCAGAUAUAAUGGCCGACGUGGAGGUACGCAAGGAGAAGAAAAAGAAGAAGGUCAAAGAGGAGCCCGUGGACGGCGAUGACAUUGGCACGCUGCAGAAGGAGGGCAACUUCCAGAUCAAGCCCUCCUCCAAGAUCGCCCAGCUGGACACCUCGCAAUGGCCGCUCCUGCUCAAGAACUUCGACAAACUGAACAUCCGCUCCAACCACUAUACGCCACUGGCCCACGGAUCCUCGCCUCUGAACCGCGACAUCAAGGAGUACAUGAAGACGGGCUUCAUCAACCUGGACAAGCCGUCGAACCCCAGCUCCCACGAGGUGGUGGCCUGGAUCAAGAAGAUCCUUAAGGUGGAGAAGACGGGCCACUCCGGCACGCUGGAUCCCAAAGUGACGGGUUGCUUGAUUGUCUGCAUCGACAGGGCCACCCGACUGGUCAAGUCACAGCAGAGCGCUGGCAAGGAGUACGUCGCUAUCUUCAAGCUCCACGGAGCCGUGGAGUCGGUGGCCAAGGUGCGUCAGGGUCUGGAGAAGCUUCGCGGCGCCCUAUUCCAGCGUCCUCCGCUCAUCUCCGCCGUAAAGCGACAGCUGCGAGUGCGCACGGUCUACGACAGCAAGCUGUUGGACUACGAUGAGAGUCGCAAUAUGGGUGUUUUUUGGGUUAGUUGCGAGGCCGGCUCCUACAUUCGUACCAUGUGCGUCCAUCUGGGUCUCGUCCUGGGCGUCGGUGGCCAGAUGUUGGAGCUGCGUCGCGUCCGCUCGGGCAUUCAGUCGGAGCGCGACGGCAUGGUGACCAUGCACGACGUUUUGGACGCCAUGUGGCUGUACGAGAACCACAAGGACGAGUCUAUGCUGCGACGCGUGAUCAAGCCGCUGGAGGGUCUGCUGGUCAACCACAAGCGCAUCAUCAUGAAGGACAGUUCGGUCAAUGCCGUUUGCUAUGGUGCGAAGAUCACCUUGCCCGGUGUCCUGCGCUACGAGGAUGGCAUUGAGAUCGAUCAGGAGAUCGUCAUUUGCACCACCAAGGGCGAGGCCAUUUGCCUGGCCAUUGCCCUGAUGACCACAGCCACCAUGUCGUCCUGCGACCAUGGUGUGGUGGCCAAGAUCAAGCGUGUGAUCAUGGAGCGCGACACAUAUCCGCGCAAGUGGGGCUUGGGCCCCAAGGCAUCGGCCAAGAAGGCGCUCAUUGCCGCCGGCAAGCUGGACAAAUUCGGCCGGCCCAAUGAGAACACACCCAAGGAGUGGCUGACCGGGUAUGUGGACUACAAUGCCAAGAAGCCCGCAGCAGGAGCUCCACAAGAAACUGCUCCCUCAAAUGGUUCCAGUGACGCCAGCAAGCGCAAAUUGAGCACCUCCAGUGUUGAGGAGACGGCGGCCGCCCCAGCCUCCGAGGAGACUCCUUCCAAGGACAAAAAGAAGAAGAAGAAGAAGCACAAGGGCGACGAGGAGGCCCCAGCUGCCGAGGAGGAGGCAUCUGCCGAUGCAGAGCCAGUAGAAAAGGAGAAGAAAAAGAAGAAGAAGAAGGAUAAGGAUAGGGACAGAGAAGAAGCUCAGGAAUAGAAAUCGAAUGUUUCUAUAGGAUUAGGUUUUAUAGAGAACUCUACGGUUUUUGUGUAGAGACACCUACCAAUUUGCUAGCUGUUAAGUUUAAGUACAAGUUUUUAUGUGUAGAAGUGCAUACAAAUUACAAAAUGCAUUUAAGUGACAUUCGCAAUGCAAUAAAUUGUAUAUUUUAUUGUAAAA